CUCCGUUCAGUAGAUCGAGAGAGAGAGUAAGACAGAGAGAGCGUAGACUCCUCCUCAUUCUCCGGUGUCAAAGUUGACAUCAGCCCCGGAGCCGAGUUGAACGCGAGCCUCUUGUCUGAACCGGAGAGCGAGCUCACAUCAUUCAGUGGCGCAUGCUUUACGGAGUUAUGUACCUCGCGCUGUCUUGCCCUCUGAACUGCCUGCCGUCAUGGAUUGCAAACCGCGCGCGAAACCACUACUACUUUGUAUUUUUCUGUUCAUCUUGUCGUUUAUUUACCCAGCACUUCUGAUCAUCCACCCGUCCAAUGAAGUGAACCUGUUGGACUCCAAAGCCAGCCAGGGGGAGCUGGGAUGGAUCUCCUACCCAUCACAUGGGUGGGAGGAGAUCAGCGGAGUUGACGAGCACUACACUCCCAUCAGGACCUUCCAGGUGUGUAACGUGAUGGAGUACAGUCAGAACAACUGGCUGAGGACCAACUGGAUCCCCCGCCAGUCGGCCAAGAAGAUCUACGUGGAGCUAAAGUUCACCCUGAGAGACUGUAACUCCAUCCCCCUGGUCCUGGGGACCUGCAAGGAGACCUUCAACCUGCUGUACCUGGAGACGGACGAGGACCAGGGCAGCCGCUUCAGAGAACACCAGUUCUCCAAGAUCGACACCAUCGCUGCAGAUGAGAGCUUCACUCAAAUGGACCUGGGGGACCGCAUUCUGAAGCUCAACACGGAGGUCCGGGAGGUGGGGCCUGUUACCAAGAAGGGCUUCUACCUGGCGUUCCAGGACGUGGGGGCGUGUGUGGCCCUGGUGUCAGUCAGGGUCUACUUUAAGAUGUGCCCGUUCAUCGUUAGGAACCUGGCCUCAUUCCCUGACACGGUGCCCAUGGACUCUCAUUCAUUGGUGGAGGUGAAGGGCUUGUGUGUCAAUCACUCCAAGGAGCAGGAGCCACCACGUAUGUACUGUAGCACAGAGGGAGAGUGGCUAGUGCCCAUAGGGAAGUGUCUGUGUAACGUUGGCUAUGAGGAGAGAGGGAGCUCCUGCCAAGCAUGCAGAGCAGGGUUCUAUAAGUCUCUGCUGGGUAACGUCCAGUGUUCUAAGUGUCCACCCCACAGCUUCACCCAUCAUGAGGGAGCACUACACUGUGGCUGCGAGAAAAACUACUUCCGAGCUGAUGGAGAUCCGCCAUCUACGGCCUGCACACGUCCUCCCUCAGCUCCUCGUAAUGUGAUCUCAGUCAUCAACGAGACCUCAGUGAUUCUGGACUGGUCCUGGCCGGAGGACACAGGAGGUCGUAAGGACGUCACCUUCACCGUGCUCUGUAAGCGCUGCAGGCCUGGCCAGAGGGUGUGUGAGGCGUGUCGCAGCAAUGUGCGGUUCCUCCCCCGUGCUGCAGGCCUGCAGAACACUACCGUUACCGUGGGAGACCUGCUGGCUCACACCAACUACACUUUCCAGAUUGAGGCUCAGAAUGGAGUGUCCCAGUUAGCCCCAACCAUGAGGCAAUAUGCUGCUGUGACCAUCACUACCAACCAAGCAGCCCCUUCUCCAGUGACUGUAAUCAGGAAGGACCGUACGUCUCGUAACAGCAUCUCUCUGUCCUGGCUGGAACCAGAGAGACCCAACGGCAUCAUACUGGACUACGAGGUCAAAUACUACGAGAAGCAGGAGCAGGAGACAAGCUACACCAUCCUGCGCUCUAAGGGUUGUAACGUGACGUUAAGCGGUCUGAAGGCAGACACCUCCUACCUGCUCCAGAUCAGGGCCAGGACUGCAGCAGGAUAUGGAGCCAGCAGCAGGAGCUUUGAGUUUGAGACCAGCCCUGACUCGUUCUCUAUCUCCAGUGAGAGUAGUCAGGUGGUGUUGAUAGCCAUCUCCACCGCUGCGGCCAUCAUCCUGCUCACUGUCCUCCUCUACAUUGUGAUUGGCAGGUUCUGUGGCUACAGGAGGUCUAAACACCCUGACGAGAAGAGACUGCACUUUGGCAAUGGACACUUGCGUCUGCCAGGUAUAAGGACCUACGUAGACCCUCACACCUAUGAAGACCCCAGUCAGGCUGUCCAUGAGUUUGCCAAGGAGCUGGAUGCUUCCUGUAUCGCCAUCGACAAGGUGGUGGGAGCAGGUGAGUUUGGGGAGGUGUGCAGCGGUCGUCUGCGUCUUCCCAGUAAGAAGGAGAACUGUGUGGCCAUCAAGACUCUGAAGGCAGGAUACACCGACAAACAGAGGCGGGACUUCCUGUCUGAAGCGUCCAUCAUGGGACAGUUUGACCAUCCAAACAUCAUCAGGCUGGAGGGAGUGGUCACCAGGAGUAAACCUGUGAUGAUAGUAACUGAAUACAUGGAGAAUGGAUCCUUGGACAGCUUUCUGAGAAAACACGAUGCCCAGUUUACUGGUAUCCAGUUGGUGGGCAUGCUGCGUGGCAUUGCGUCGGGCAUGAAGUACCUGUCAGACAUGGGCUACGUCCACAGAGACCUGGCCGCCCGCAACAUUCUGGUCAACAGCAACCUGGUGUGUAAGGUGUCUGACUUCGGCCUGUCCAGAGUCCUGGAGGACGACCCAGAGGCUGCUUACACCACGCGGGGAGGUAAGAUCCCUAUCAGGUGGACAGCUCCAGAGGCCAUCUCCUACAGGAAGUUCACCUCGGCCAGCGAUGCCUGGAGCUACGGUAUCGUGCUCUGGGAAGUGAUGUCAUACGGGGAGCGGCCUUACUGGGAGAUGUCCAAUCAGGACGUUAUCAAAGCAGUAGAUGAGGGCUACAGACUGCCUCCUCCUAUGGACUGUCCUGCUACUCUGUACCAGCUGAUGUUGGACUGCUGGCAGAAGGAGAGGAACAACAGACCCAAGUUCGAACAGAUCGUCAGCAUCCUGGAUAAACUCAUACGCAACCCUGGGAGCCUGAAGAUCACAGCCAACACCUCACCCAGGCCAGCCAACCUGCUCCUGGACAGGAGUAGUUCAGAGGUGGUUCAGUCACUGGGAACAAUGGGGGAUUGGCUGGACAACGUGAGGACUCUGCCCUGUAAGGAGGCCUUCUCUGGGGUCAGCUACAGCUCCUGUGACACCCUGCCCAAGACCUCCGCAGAAAUCUGUCUGACGGAGGUCCACCACCACGUCACAGCAGCCACCUGCCCAGAGUGGGAGCCUUCAAUGGGGAUCACCACCCUCUAACCCCCCUCCUCCUCCCUUCAAACUCCAGAGACAACGGAUGGGACCUAAAGAAGGUUGGUGUGACUAUCGUCGGCCCCCAGAAGAACAUUGUGAGCAGCAUCAAAGCACUAGAGAGCCACAGUAAGAACGCCCCUGUCCCAGUGUAACUCGACUGAGCCUCUAGAGACUGGCUGUCUGGCUGACUGGCUGACUGUCUGCCCUCUGGGCCCCGUUCCAAUCUGAAUGAAGCCCCUCUGGGCCCUGUUCCAAUCUGAAUAAAGCUCCUAUGGGCCCCGUUCCAUUCUGAAUGAAGCCCCUCUGGGCUCCGUUCCAAUAUGAUUUAAAGCGUCUCCCCUUCAGUUCCUCCCUCCACUCCAGUGAGACCUCUGUGAACGUUUCAAUGACGUUCCUUCCACAAGGGAGGCUUCCCCUUGCGAGGGGUAGUGAUGGGGAGAGGAGGGGCUCAUUGGAUUAGAACAGCCCUCUCAUCUCUAACAUAGAGGAAGGAAGUCCCAAACUAAAGGAGGAAGUAGACGUUAGAAAAGUGGUGCAGCGGAGGGCGACUGCCCUGGAGAUCGAUGCUCCACACCAAUGCUGAGAUGCCUUACUGAGAACAGGAGAGGAGAGAACCUGGCCUUGGACCUUGGGGGCAUGGCGAUAAAGGGCUGGUGCUGGGACUGGAUAAUGCGGGACAGCAGGGCCCUUUGUGUGACCUAUAGUGGUAAGGGGCUCGUUGAGAACUGAUCCAAUCGUGAUCCUGUGGAUUUGACUGACAGCUCUUUAACUCUGGAGAGGGGGGCGUUAAAUGCCUUGAGUAGAAUAAUGCAGUCAGCAGCAGCAAUCCACUCACAUCAACCUGGAGCAGACAGAAGCAGACCUGGAGAUUCAUUCAUGAACUCUGAGAUGCUGGACUUCCACCACUGAAGACCCCACUCUCUCUCACAGAGAAGGACUGAUACCACUCUGUGUGUCUGUGUGUCUGUGAGUGCUCCUGUGUUACUCAAGAGAAAGUCAGCUUGGGAAAGAAGCCAAACCAUUGGAUGGGCACCCAGACUACAAUAAGCCAUGUAUCCCCUAGCUACAGCCUACAGUCUGAAAACAGUUGAUGUCAAACAGAAAGCAAUAAUCACAACAAUCAGUUAUGAGUUUGAUCAACCAGAACCAAGUCUCACACAGUUUGCUCUGAUGGUUCACAGGACAUAUCAGACCACAUACAGAACUGUAAUUAACUGCCACAAGUCUGCUUAUUAUACAGUUCAUGAUGAUACAUCACUCCAAGCUUCCUAAUUCCAACCCCUAGUGUGACAUCUCAGUAUGUGUUAUUCAUUCAAACUAAAGCAGGAUAGAGAGAAAAGGAGGGAUCGAGAGAGAGGUGGAAGUAGAGAGAGAUGUGGAGGGAAAUGCAGAGAGAGACAGACAGAGAGAGACAGACAGAGAGACAGACAGAGAGAGAGAGGUAGAGAGAGAGAGAGACAGAGAGAGAGACAGACAGAGAGAGACAGACAGAGAGAGACAGACAGAGAGAGACAGUCAGAGAGAGACAGACAGACAGAGAGAGGUAGAGAGAGAAUACCUUGCAACUGACUACUCCAGAGCAUAUUCUGCUCUGUAAGGUAGAUAGAUUACAUUCAAUGACUAUCCCCGAGCUCUUCUAAUGCCUUCUUCCAGCAGCGCUGGAGAUCUCACUGCUCUCUGGAAACAACGAGUGUGUGAGUGUAAUACAUCUCUGGAGCAGACAAUGAUUCUCUCUGAUCUGAACAAUGGUGCGUGUGGAUGCGUGAUAGCACCCCCCAUCUGUCCCCUGCCCGCCUGUUGCCCUUAGCUGCUGUUGCGUGUUCUAUUAGCAUGUACAUAUGUAAACAACCAUGUAACUAUAGUUACUAGCAGUACAGUCCCUUCCAUAGCCAUCCCUUUGUACAAAUGUUUCUAUGUAUAAAAGAAUGAACAAAAAUAUCUGUGCAACGUUUUAAAAAGGCAACAAUUAUUUGUAUUAUAUUUGCUGUUAUUUUGUAUUAUAUUUGUUUUUUACAUUAAAAAAAGCAAUUAUAAUAACCUAUUAUUUAUUUGUUAACAUAUACAGUGCAUAAGUGUAGUGUGUUUGUAGCAUACAGUAGGUUAUAACAUGGUUCUGUGACAGCGUCGUCAAGGUUCUCUGUUUUCUUUAUUAUCAUGAACAUUUGGAAGAGCAAUACUGUUAACCACCCCCCUCCCUACUCUUUUAGCUUUCUUUAGAUCAACGUGUGUGCGUGUGUAUGUGUGUGCAUGCAAGCGUGUGUGUGUGUCUGUGUGCGUGCGUUUGUAAAUGUGUGUGUGUGCUUGUGCAAAUGUAAAAGGCCUUGUCUACUAAUGUUAAAUGAUUUGUAGUGGAAACAUUUAUAUUUUUAUAAUAAACAUUCUUAAAAUA